CAUAAAAAUCGAGAUAUGUACAUUGCUGUUCUCACCUUAAAGAUGGGUACAUUGAUAGGCGAUUCUGCCACUAUAACGGUGAAUAUCCUCGGUUUCGCCCUUAAUGUCGUUUUCUGGACGGUGUUCUAUUGGUAUGCUUCGAAUGAGAGCAAAAUGAAAAUAUGGUCAAAAACUGGCAUUGCUGGAGCAUUUACGGUAGCUUGCUUAGCGUACGCCACUUUUGAAGACCCGAAGAAGAUUGAAUUCCGUUUUGGUAUGCUCAUUACCGGCAUUCUGGUAUUUUUAGUUGGAUCUCCACUCUUACGACUCAAUAAAAUAAUCGAAAAAAAGAGUACAGCCGGCAUGCCAUUUCCAAUUAUAUUUACAGGCACGCUAGUAGCGGCAUGUUGGGCCCUAUAUGCAAUUUCUAUUCGAAAUCCAAUGAUGGCCUACCAAAACCUAUUCCUAUUAGUCCUGAGUUCUAUACAAUUAUCGCUCUUUGCUAUUUACCCGAAUACACCAACAAACUCGGAUUCGAAAGUAACACAAUCACCAUCUUCAUUAGAACACAAGGGAUCUAAUAAUAAAACAUCAAUUCCUUCGACAAGCAGCAAUGAUAAUAAAAAGUUGAACUGAACAAGGUUUGCUAUAGUUGACGAAGGCUGUGAUAGUGCCUAGAAAUCAGAUUUGAAGGCUUGGAGAUAAUAAUCUCACUUCAUCGUAUUAAUCUACUAAGGUUUACAAUAAUAUGCUUGCGCUUUAAUCGCUUUUAAUCGCUAAGUAUUGCCACAACGCAUUAUUUGUAUUGUGUUCUUCCAAAUGUGCACAAAAACAGCAAAUCACUUUGAAAAUUAACUAAUAACACUUUAAUUGUAAUUUUUGACAAUAAAACAAAUCUUCCAAAUGUAAAUUUAACAUUAAAGUAAACCGCUAAAUAUGUACAUAAAAAUAUCUUUGAAUAUUGUGAUGUAAAAAUUAGCAACUUAGCAAAAUUAGUACGUAUGCAAUUAGUUUGAUGAAAUAUAAUAAAGAAUGAGCAUAUAUGUACAUACGUAAGUACAUACACACAUAACA